AGACCGGAGUAACGGCGCAUUUGGAGAGGUGGAGAGGGCGAAUGUCUGAAGGACCAGUGAUUGUCUUUCAUCCCCUCAAAAGCUUUCUUGAAAGGAAACCGGUCGCUGAAUUUCCUGAACGCACCGACCUACACCGUGCAGAGCGCGCGGGAUAGCCUCUCCAACUCAGAGCAUGCCGAUACAUCGCAGGCCACCGUCGAUUUGGACUAAUUUGCUGCUUGAUGCAGCUUCAACAACAUAUAGCGCAAAGGACUGUAUCUUGGAAAUAAACACCAAGAGGGAGUGGCAGUAAAGCUAACUGUCAUGGACAAUUCAACCUAAUUUUAUGAAUGUCCGUGCAAAGGGUUAAACGCUUUUUUGCUGUUUGAAAUUUAAUUGUCAUGUGUAAAAUCGUAAUUCGCUACUAAACCCAUCCCGGGACCCUACUUGGAUACCGCCUACCUCUCACUUAGACGACAGUGUUAACUGGUCCUCUGCAUGUACUGGAACAAUGUACUGGAACAAUGUACUGGAACAAUGAAGUUCCAUCUCCACUCCCGGAGGAGAAUAAAGUCUUAUUGGACAAUGUUUUCGUUAAGCAGGUAUGACAUGACAUCUAAUUAUCUGAGGAUAUGCAGUAUAGGCUAUCGACUCACUGCAAGUGAAGACUUAUGCUAAUUGCUUGGCUGCGCUGCUCGUUGAAUAGCCCAGCUGAUUGCCUUUUUGUUUUCCACGCUCCAGCCUAUGUUUAAUGAUAAUUAUAAACACAUUUCACAAUUGUGCUAGCCUAAUUUUGUUUAAACGAAGGACAAAAUAGAUUCUGAAUUCCAUCCAAAACCAGAUUUCUGGCACUCUUUGAAUACCGUUUUAAUCACCAAGAGAGGCUCAAGUGUCCUAUCAUAAGGGAAGCCGAGACAAUCACGCUCCUUUAUGUUUCAAGAUCAGCUGCAACUUAUGUAGGCUACAUUGUCUACUAUGAAUAGUGCGAUGUUCAAUUGAGGCUCUUCAAAUCUUAGUCUUGUGUUGAGAAAUUCGAUUUUCGAUUACGGCUAUUAAAAUUAAAAUAUGCAAUUAUUCUGGUGGCGUGAUGCCUUCUCUGAUUGACAGUUGAAAUUGACACUGGCUGCCUCUUAUCCCGAGCAUUUGAAGCCAUCACUAAUUGCAGGUAGUCCAUCUUUUCAGUGCUUUCGAUUGCAUGGGAACUAUAUGCGAUUAUUUAAGGAGGUAGUUUACGGGUUGUGCGUAAAAGAAAAAGAUAAGGCCUAAUUAUAAUUGCUUUAGCAAAUGUAGCUUUUGUCGCCAGCAUUUAAAUGCAGUAGAAAGUGUUAUUCAUUGUUUUGGACUGGAUAUAGCUUGCAGUAUGGGCUGGUAGGGAUGCGUAAUGCUCAGAGCAGAGCAAGGCGCAGAGCAGACUUUUGGCGCAGCUCCAGGCUUCAUCUACACCGCUGUUUCUCCACAAACAGAAUAGCUUGAUAAUGUCUCAUUCGGACGGGGAGUCUCACGCAGAUGUAAAAGAAGAGGCUCCUCUCCUGCCCAGUCCUCCGGUAACACCGUCUAUGUGCUCGCAUCCGACCCUGGCCUCCCCGACGCCUGUUCGGUCCACGGGGAAAAACCAGUGUGCCAACUGCGGCACAGAGAUCCAAGACAGAUACCUACUGAAAGUGAACAAUUUGAAUUGGCACGUGGGAUGUCUGGAGUGCUCAGUCUGCAGAGUAUCAUUACGUCAGCACAAUAGCUGCUACAUCAAAAACAAAGAAAUAUUUUGCAAAUUGGAUUAUUUCAGUAAGUUUGGCACCAAGUGUGGCCAGUGCGGGCGCCAGGUGUAUGCCAGUGACUGGGUGCGGCGGGCGCGGGGCAGUGUGUACCACCUGGCCUGCUUCGCCUGCUACUCCUGUAAGAGGCAGCUGUCCACAGGGGAGGAGUUUGGUCUGGUGGAGGGCAGGGUGCUGUGUCGAGCCCACUACGACACCAUGGUGGAGAACCUCCAGAGAGCGGCUGAGAACGGGACAGGUCUCACUUUGGAGGGAGCCUUCCCCUCUGAUCAGGAUGGCCAACCCAAACCAGCCAAGAGAGCACGUACUUCCUUCAGCGCUGAGCAGCUACAGGUGAUGCAGUCUCAGUUUAACCAAGACAACAACCCUGAUGCCCAGACUCUACAGAAGCUGGCAGACAUGACAGGACUGAGCAGACGGGUCAUACAAGUUUGGUUUCAGAACUGCAGAGCAAGACAUAAAAAGCACCCUCCACCCCACCCCCACUCCAGAAUCCCCCCCUCACUGCCAGACAACCUCUACUCCCCCUUCAGCAGUCCCGACAGACCACACCUGCUGGCUCUGCAUGGAUACAUAGACAGUCAUCCCUUCUCGAUGCUGUCCGCCCCUAACCACCUCGCACACCCAGGCAUGGCCUUACCACAGUUACCCAUCAGUCGCUAACUAACGCCCCUGAGACCACCCCUUCCCCCACAAGCUUUAUUUCUCACAGAACUUUCCAUCCCGCAAAGUUGAGAACAUUUCAACAUUUGCCUCUCCCAUUUUACUAUACAAGAGGACUGCUGCGGUUUCUUCCGCCUCCAUGGUCUGCAGAGUUGGAAAUAUCACAUUGUCCACUGGACGGACAGUUUUAUAAUGGCAGCUAGACUUUAGAUCAUCUGUGGAAAAACAUCCAGUCCAAAAUAAAUAUUAGAAUCAUCAGGACCAGAUUUGACCACCCAUCCAUUCACAGGGAAUAAAUUGGAACUCCAGGACCAGGAUUAGGAACAGGAAGACUCAUCCAACAGGAAAUCUCCUUUCAUUCAUUGUGGAUUAUGAUUUUUCAUCAUCUUAUUCAUCAACUGGUAGUACUAAAGGUAUUUCAUGUUUCAAUUUCCAUCGUUUUAAAUAAUACUUUUUUCUGUCACUCUGUCAGCUUGUUUUCCUGUAUAUAUUUAUGUGUAAGGUGACGAUGAAGACUCUUCUGACCUUGUGUGCUGAGAGAGAGUAUCGACUGUUGAUAUUUACUUGUUUCAGUUCAGUAAAAUGGAAAGCUUAUGUGUCGCUUUAUUUAUUAAAAAAUAUACUUCACCAA